UUUUCAUGGGGAGAGUGAGUGCAGUGUGUGAGACGGUGGAAAUUACACAUCAAAUGUGAGAUACUGUUUUAUAUAUUUGUGUCUGAGAAUGACUCAUACAAAUAAUACCAGAACCUGGAUUGACUAUUUUAAAUAGUUCUGUAUCAGCAAAACAGCCAACUCUUGUUUACAAAAUGAGCCAAAUUAUUCGGAUCUCUUGAAAAUAUUCGGAAUUCCCAUUGCUAGUGAAACACAAUGACGGAAGCUGGGAAGCCUCUGAUUGGCUAAUGCUUCUGCAGUGGGCACAGAAGACGGCUUGUGAUUGGAUGGUUUUCGUUCUGGCAUCGUUCCUGAGGCUGGCGGUGGUGACCCAGCAAGAAGCUAGAGUCAGUCUGAACAUCGAGGGAGCCAUGUUGAUACCUGUUUUUGUGUCAAACGGUACAUUUUCGAUGGUUAAAGGACUACGUCUGAAAGACGGGAAGCCCGAGCGGUGAUUUCCCAACCGCUAUGAGAAGAGAGGACCUGGCUGGAAUGGUACAGAGUGUGCCUGAAGAGCACUGGGUUUAGGUCACUGAGCAGCUGAUUCAAAGCAAAUGAAGUUGAUGCUAGUUAGCUUGAUAGCCAGGUAGCAACAGCUGUGCGGACGCUGCGUGGGAUGCGGCUUUUGGACUCUUGCUAUACAGUUUCUCAGCUUGUUGCAUUCUGCUGAACGGACGCUCGCCAGGCUGUUGGGAAACACUCAACGAAGCGUCGACGAGGCUGUUGGGUUAGCUCUGGCUUUAUAAAAGAUGGCUUUGUAAAGCUAGCUAACGUUAGCAUGCUGACAAUCAGUCCGCAUCUUUCGUCACGACUGUUUGCUAGCUGAUGGGGUUCUAACUUAUUCUUUCUCUGGGGCAGUUUGCCACUAGUUUGGAGGGAAAACAGCUUCAAUAAGCCAAACAUAAUUAUGGUGGUGAAUUCAGUCUCCGGGCAAAACUACCUGUUCGCCUUCCCAGCCUGCCGAUGAGCAGCUAACGGGCUUAGCAGCAGAACUUUGCUCCGACGGGUGUCUCUCACAAGCUGCAGAGCCCUCUCUCGCUCGCUAGCCGAGCCUUUACCUGAAGCAAGCUGGCGGCCCUCCGGGUAGAAGCCGAGGACAAGGAGCUGGGGUCCAUGGCCUGGGUGCUGAAGAUGGACGAUGCCACCAUCGAGUCGGGGCUGGUGCAUGACUUCGAUGCUAGCCUGUCUGGCAUCGGACAGGAGCUCGGGGCUGGAGCUUACAGCAUGAGCGAUGUGCUGGCUCUGCCCAUCUUUAAGCAGGAGGACUCCAACCUUCCACCUGAAGGCAAGACCAAAAAUCCCCCAUUCCAGUAUGUGCUGUGCGCCGCCACCUCGCCUGCUGUCAAGCUGCACGACGAGACGCUCACAUACCUAAACCAAGGCCAGUCUUAUGAGAUCCGUAUGUUGGACAACAGGAAAGCAGGGGAGUUACCAGAGCUCAACAACAAGAUGGUGAAGAGCACAGUACGGGUAGUGUUUCAUGACCGGCGGCUGCAGUACACAGAGCACCAGCAGCUGGAGGGCUGGAAGUGGAAUCGUCCUGGGGACCGUCUCCUUGACAUCGAUAUUCCCAUGUCAGUGGGCAUUGUUGAGCCCAAGACUCACCCCUCCCAGCUCAACGCUGCAGAGUUUCUGUGGGACAUGAACAAAAGAACGUCUGUUUUCGUUCAGGUGCACUGCAUCAGCACGGAGUUCACCCCCAGGAAGCAUGGCGGAGAGAAGGGCGUCCCGUUCAGGAUCCAGAUCGACACGUUCACCCAGGGAGACGGUGGAGAGUACAUGGAGCACCUCCACUCCGCUUCCUGUCAGAUUAAAGUUUUUAAGCCAAAGGGGGCGGACCGUAAGCAGAAGACUGACAGGGAGAAAAUGGAGAAGCGCACCCCUCAGGAGAAGGAGAAGUACCAACCCUCCUAUGAUACCACUAUCCUUUCAGAGACGAGGCUUGAACCCAUCAUAGAAGAUUCGGGUGACCAUGAGCUGAAAAAGUCCAGCAAGCGGACACUUCCCGCUGACUGUGGCGACUCCUUGGCCAAGAGAGGCAGUUGCUCCCCGUGGCCAGACGCCGCCUACACCAGCACCAGCCAGGCAGCUACCCCCUCCUUCACCUCCACCCCACUUUCCACCUACACAACCUCCUCGGUGCUGGACAGUGACUCAUCCUCACCCAAUCACCAAGCAGAUCCUGGUGGCCAUGGCAACUCGGAGCAGCUGAGCCCCACUGCCUCCAUACAGGACGCUCAGAAGUGGCUGUUGAAGAACCGCUUCAGCUCCUACACUAGACUCUUCUCUCAUUUCUCAGGUUCUGAUUUAUUGAAGUUAACCCGGGACGACCUGGUGCAGAUUUGUGGGCCGGCUGAUGGGAUCAGACUCUUCAAUGCUCUCAAAUCCAGGUCAGUGCGUCCCAGAUUGACAGUGUACGUCUGUCAGGAGUCUCCUCAAGGGAGCCCCCUGCUGGAGAGGCACUGCACAAUAGAAAAUGGAGAACACCGGAGCUCUGCUAGUUUACACGUAUACCACGCUCUGUAUUUGGAGGAGCUCACAGCUGCAGAACUCAUCCGUAAGAUUGCAUCUGUGUGCGACAUUCCAUUGGGAAGGAUCCACCAGGUGUACAGGCAGGGUCCGACAGGCAUACACAUCCUACUAAGCGACCAGAUGGUUUACAACUUGUCUGACGAGAGCUGUUUUUUGAUCAGCACUGUCAAAGAUGAGUUGGGCGAAGGACUUCAUCUAAUCUUGAAGUAGUGAAGAGCACAGAUGGCGUCACUAAUACUCCAUCCUCUGCUUUGGAGCAGAAGCCUCCUUCUGUCGCUCUGCAUCCUCCCCGUCUCUCUUUAGCGAUCGCUCGAUGGAAAGCAGAGUGACUGCGCCGAAGCCAUGUAAAUGUUAGAAUCUGACAUGGGUGUGUCCACUGUUUCAUAUUGAAAACAUUAUUAAGAUGAAGGUUAGGAGAAGAGAUCGGGGAGGAUUUGAGAUCAGGGGGUAGUUAACAUUGUUCAAUGUAUUUUGAUUUAAUUUUUUUUGUCUUUUUAUAAAUAUAUAUAAGACAAAAAGUUUCUGUGUGGAGGUGGGAGGGUGGAGGCUCCAAGGGAGAGGGGUGGAUGGUGCUCUGGCAUGCAAGAGACGGGAAGAAAAAGUCACCUUAUUGCUUGUUGCCCUUCCUAAACAACCAGCGUUAGGCCAGUAUUUGAUGAAACUGUACUGCUGAACAGCAUGCAAUCCAUACCAAGUUGCUUGAACGACAAACUCCGCUUACUCUGCUUACUUAACAUUCUUCGACGGGGAUGUCUUAAUUAACUUUCUCUAAUUGGCUGAGCAAAUAUUCAGGGUAAAUGAGUGGAAAUGCUCUCAUUUUUGGCUUUUUUUUUUUUUUUUUGCUAUUUUAAAAUGACGUCAUCAGUUCUUAUCACAUUGUCUCACUAUGUGAUUUAAACUUACAGCCAUAUCUCUGUCGACAUUGCGUCUCGCUCAGCUAACGUGUGUCCAGUAUGGCCUGUGCUUUUACAGUUUUUUUUUUUUUUUUUUUU